GCUGAUCUGGUCACAAUCACAUUAGUUUCAAAUGAGUACCACACGUUGUCGUCGUCAUCAUCAUUAAUAAGAAAUUAUGUUCCGUGUUAACUUUUCUUAAGAUUUAUUUAUUUUAGUUCUUUUCUAUAUUACAUUUAAAUUAUUAUUAAUAUUUUAAACAAAAUGUGCAAUAAAAGUGAUUUGAAGAAUGAAAAUUCAACAAAACAUCGAAAUAAUGAAAAAUCUCUCGUUGAUAAUGUGAAAAACAUCGAGAAAAAUAUCGAAAAAUUAAAUUGGUGGGUGAUUUUUAGUGCUGUAAUACUUUUAACCGCAGCAACAAGAUAUUAUAAGGUCACUGAACCUGAUCAUGUUUGCUGGGACGAAACCCAUUUUGGAAAAAUGGGCAGUUGGUACAUCAACCGGACGUUCUUCUUCGACGUCCAUCCACCCCUUGGCAAGAUGUUAAUUGGCCUAUCUGGCUACCUGACCGGAUACAAUGGCACCUACCCUUUUGAUAAGCCCGGCGAUAAGUACAACAGCACCCCCUACGAAGGAAUGCGUUACUUCUGUACCACUCUGGGAGCUCUUAUCGUACCGAUGGCCUUCGACACGGUACACGACCUCACCGGAUCCAAUGAGGCAGCCCUUGUGGCGACAGCCUAUUUGAUUUUCGACGUGGGACUCAUCACCCUCAACCAGUACAUCCUUCUGGAUCCAAUACUCCUGUGCUUUAUGGUGGCUUCUGUUUGGGGCAUGGUUAAGAUCUCUAAGGUGACAAGAAGUGGCGAAUCGUACACAUGGAGGUGGUGGCGUUGGUUAUAUUUUACGGGCACGAUGCUAGCUUGUACGAUAAGUGUGAAAUUUGUUGGCCUUUUCAUUGUUUUGCUUGUUGGAUUUCAUACGGUCAGUGAGCUUUGGGUUAUUUUAGGUGACUUGGAUAAACCUCUCGUGGAAACUAUAAAGCAAACAUUUUGUCGUGCUCUUGCAUUAAUUUUAUGGCCAAUUUUCUUGUACAUGGUGUUCUUCUUCAUCCACUUGUCGGUGCUGAAUCGCAGCGGCAACGGUGACGGCUUUUAUAGCUCAGCAUUCCAGUCUCGGCUCAUUGGCAAUUCAUUGUACAAUGUUAGCAUGCCGCGCGAGGUGGCAUAUGGCUCCGUCGUUACCAUUAAAAACCAUAAAACUGGAGGAGGAUAUUUACAUUCGCAUUACCAUUUAUAUCCCAAGAAUGUUGGAGCCCGACAACAGCAGAUAACCACAUAUACUCAUAAGGACGAAAAUAACAAAUGGCUCAUAAAACCAUAUAAUGAAGAAACUAUUCCUGAACUUCAAAUGCUUAAAAAUGGUGAUUUAAUAAGACUCGAACAUAUUUCUACAAAGAGAAAUUUGCAUUCACAUGGAGUUCCUGCACCACUGACAAAGAAACAUCAUCAAGUUACUGGAUAUGGUGAGGAUGGCGUUGGCGAUGCAAACGAUGUGUGGAGAGUUAUUAUACAUGGUGGACGUGAUGGAGAAAUUGUCCAAACUGUCUCAACAAAAAUCCUACUUGUCCAUUACAUGCAAAAUUGUGCGCUCACAUCGUCAGGACUACAAUUACCAAAGUGGGGUUUCGAACAGCAAGAGGUAUCUUGCAAUCCAAAUUUGCGAGACAGAACUGCAUAUUGGAAUGUCGAGGAUAAUGUUAACAAAAAGUUGCCCAGCGUGAGUUUUCAUGUGUAUGCUCCAGGAUUCUGGUCAAGAUUCAUUGAAUCACAUGCUGUGAUGUUUCAAGGCAAUGCCGGACUCAAGCCCAAGGAGGGUGAAGUCACAAGCAGACCAUGGCAAUGGCCUAUUAAUUACCGGGGGCAAUUCUUUUCAGGCACUGCUUAUCGUAUAUACUUAUUAGGGAAUCCAAUAAUCUGGUGGAGCAAUCUCAUUUUCCUGGCGCUGUUCUUAAUCGUUUUCUUUAUUACUGCCGUUAAGGAACGCCGAAAAGAAGGACAACGGCGGCAUCAGCAGCAGCAACAGCAGCAGCAAUAUCACCCACUGCGACAGCAGCAGCAGCAGCAGCAGAACCAGCUACAAAAUAAACUACUCCAAGGACAUACCAACACAUCCUACUUAAGAAGUCCUGAAAAUGGCAAUGGCACUGGCACCGGAUCAGGCACCAAUGCCAACAGCCAAACCUCUUCCACAGCUACCGCCAGCGCCACCACCACUGCCGCCAUUGAGGAUCUCAAUAACGAAAGCAGGAGUGUUACUCCUGUUCAAAACUCUGCUCCUGCCCUUACUGCUAAUAACAACAAUGGAAAUGUCGGCGAAGAGAAUGAACUUCGAAGACAAUCACUCAACGGUGCUUGUUGGCUCUUUUUUGGAUGGGUGUUGCAUUACUUGCCAUUUUGGGCAAUGGGACGAGUUCUCUAUUUCCAUCAUUAUUUUCCAGCUCUAAUUUUCAACUCUAUGCUUACAGGAAUUAUGUUCAACUAUUUAACUUGCCGCCUGUCGAGAUGGACACAGGACGUACUUAUGGUAACACUACUAACAGCACUGGUCUAUAGCUUUAUGCUAUUCUCGCCUCUGGCAUAUGGAGCAACCGGACCAAUGGCUAAUGAGGCUAAUUCAACGAUGUAUGGCCUCAAAUGGCUAUCGUCAUGGGAAUUUUAAUAAGGUUCUCGUCCUUUUUUGAAAGAAAGAGAGAGAGAGAGUUUGAGUUCGUGUUUAUGUAUAUACAAUCCUUGUCCAGUCCUGUGACUGUCGCCGCAUCAUUGUCGUCAUCAACAUUAUAUGUCUACCUACAUAUGUAAAGGAAUCCUUUAUCGUCAUCGUCAACAUCAUCGAUCCUUGUGUCGUAGUCGUAAUUCGUAACCAAAACUGAAUCAGUAAAGAGUCUCCCUGCGACUCUUGCCAAAGCCAUUAUCUUCGACAUUGUGAAACAUGAGAUUAACAGAAGUUCGUGCAAUACUGCGUCACCAUCUACCACCGUCCACGUCUAUAAUACACCAAUGACGAUGUCGCUGUUUGCCUAUCCUUUUACCACAACCAUUGAUCUAUGUAUAGGGAUGUCCUUACAUCGUAGGCAUCGCAACGAAAAGGGCUUACAGCGUGUUGGUUGCAGAAAUUAAGCUUAUACUCUUCCUUUUUGGCAAAUCAAUAACUGAGUGUCCUUUAUUUUAAAGUAAGAACGGUGCAUGAAACUGGACUAUGGAAAUGCGUUGUAUCAACUCCUCAAGAAAUUAUAUUAAUUUUAAAUAAAUAAUUUAAACAUUUUUGACUGAAUGACGAAUGAUUUGUAGAAACUAAAAGAUUUAUACAUACAAAAACAUAUAUUUAUUAUUUUUUUGUACUUUUGAAUAAAAACAAUA